AGCCAAAGCCGGUUUGUGGCCGAAGUCCACGAGGCUGUCACGCGGUAGUCAGUGUCACUCACUCUGCUUCGUUUUUUUUGUCUUGUGGUACCGCGUGAAGCACAUGAUGAUUACGCAUGCUUAUGUGCGUUAUGAAGAUGACAGAAGAUGUGCUGUUGUGAACAUUGGGGAUGUUAAAGGCUUCAAGCCUGACGACGACUUCAAGACAACCUUCUACAGCGUCAAAUGGACGGACAAACAUGGCGAAGAAUUCUAUCGCGCCAGGAUUCUUCUCGUCGGAAAGUCUAAAGAUGACCUCGAAAUAAAAAUGAGGCAAGGGCGAGUGCGAAUUCCAAAAAUCGUUGACGGAAGCAACAGUGAGGACAGCGACGAAAGCGUUCAGACACCAAAAAAAAAGAAAAAGCGGGAAGAGCCCAACAACGCGCUGCUGGACUUACUGGCAUCCAAAAAAAGGAAGCUCAUGCAAAAAGGGCAUGAGCAGCAAAAUAGCCAACUGACUGCAGCCCAGGAAGAAGUGGCCCGCCUCAGCGCUACAGUGAGGCAGCAGGAAGUGGAGCUGAAAGAGCUGAGAGCUCUCAAUAGGGAUCUGCAACGAAAGCUUAUAGACUCAUUGGAUUCCAGGCAAGCCAAUUCAUCACAGGCACUGCCACCUGCCUUGCCAGCAGCGUUGUCACCGCCACAUAUCGCUGAACCAUUGCCGCAAAAGCUGGAGGUCCCCGACACAGCUGACAUUGGGAACGGAUUGAGGAUCACAACAUCAGCAUGGCAGCGUAUUCAAACCAAUCCAAAAGACUCUCUAUUUGUAAAAGACCUCAUGACGGCAGUGUGGAGCCCCACCGAGUUACUUGGACGGUCUCUGCAAGGGAAGCAUUGUCCACGCUUCCCUGACCGUCCAAGGAAGGAACCACUGUCGCCCUGGAAAGUGUCAGCGAUACGUGAAUGCUACAAGCAGCGAUUGGAAAAGAAGGGGCUGGUGCCCGAGAUGAUGCCAGGGGCAUUAAAGCAAAUGAAUAGAUUCAUGGUGGAAAAGCUGAGCGAUAUUGAAAGAAUGACCAAAAGAGCAACCAAGGAGCUGCCGUGAUGUUUGCAGAACUUCCCGGAGAACUUACAGCAUUAAUCAGUCUUAAUAAAGUCCUUUUUUGUGUAUCUUAAA